AUGGCAGAUGGACCUGCAGCAUUCGAGGAGACUGCAAGCGUGGGCUUCAGUGAUGACGGAAUCGAUGCCCAGUCCACCGUUUCGAAAAGCUGGGUGCGCAAACAAUUGAAGCAGACCCAUGCCGGUGGCAUUAGUCGCCCUAGUUGCAAGAAACGCCAGCGAGAUAUGUUUCGUCGCGUCCUUCUGCAUACCCAUCUACAAUUGCACGGUCAACCAAAUGCUCGCGGUCAGGCUGAGCUACGCGCACAAAUCACGACCCCAGAUUUGUCUACGGGUCCAUUAACUGUUACAGGUGGUCCUAACCAGAAGACAGAUUGUAUGCAGUUGGUGAACCAAUGGGCUCAGUUUAGUACACUUGACUCAUUAUCCUUGACUGAGCGGGGAAAUUUGAAACCGAUGAGGAAAAAGAAAAAUCGUAAACGAAACNUUAGUGGGGACGCACCAAAACCGACUGUGAAUCCGGAAUCCGUUGUUCCCUUCCGAACGCGGGCUGUGGCCACGUAA